UAAUAAAAAAAGAUCUUCAUUGGAAUCUUCGAGUUUCAACACUCAACCGAUGAGAGAGUUCCUGUUUCUUCCGCCGUCCACUGCCUUUAAAUUUGGAGCUCCAUUUUUCAUCGGAGCACAUUCUCGACCAUUCAACUCAGAGCAGGUUCAACAAUGGCCAUCGAGGCUUGGUUUAUGAACGAUAGCAAUGAAGACCAGAGGCUUCCUCAUCACUCAAACCCUAAGGAAUUCGUCUCCAUGAACCAAUUGGCAGAAUUAGGCGUUUUGUAUUGGAAAUUGAACCCUGAGAUAUAUGAAAACGAUGAGGAAUUGAAGAAAAUCAGAGACGAUAGAGGAUAUAACUACGUGGAUUUACUUGAUAUAUCUCCAGAGAAACUUGCCAAUUACGAAGGGAAAUUGAAGGAUUUCUACACAGAACACAUUCAUGCCGAUGAGGAAAUUCGUUACUGUUUGGAUGGCAGUGGCUACUUUGAUGUACGGGACAAGAACGACCGUUGGAUUCGAAUCUGGAUUAAGCCAGGCGAUCUUAUCAUCUUGCCGGCUGGUAUCUACCAUCGUUUUACUCUGGACACCAAUAAUUAUACCAAGGUAGGAUUAAAUACCAUUAACUUCAAAGAUUCUCAUUUCAAGAUAUUAAUUAUCAAUCCAUUGGAUUAUCUACAGUUAAUGAGGCUAUUCAAGGGAGAGCCAGUUUGGACCCCUUUUAACCGACCACAGGAGCAGCACCCGGCAAGGAAAGAGUACCUCAAGUCCUUCACUGAGAAAGCUGGAGUGGCACUCAAGGCUCAUUAAAGAUUUGUGUAUUCUUCUGUACUAUGCCAUUUAAUACAAAGCUAUGGGGUUUAGCUCAGGUCAUGUAUUGCUGGGUAUGGCUUAGAUUAAAUACUGUAUAAAUAUGGCAACUGCUGUUGAAACCCUGUUUAAGUAAAUGUCUGAAACUUUAUAUUUAUGAAUUGCUAUUCUCAAAUAAAUUGUAAUUUGAAACCACUUAGGUAAA